UAACAUGGCGUCUGUCAGUACCGAAAGUGGAGUGCAGUUUGCACCAUAUUCUAGUGCUGUUGAUGCUGCAUUUUGGCAUAGACUUACGCAGAACAAACUGGAAAUAUAUCAAUUAGACGACAAGCCUCAACCGCUACAGGGAUAUUACGUAAACAGUGAUCCUUCAGGGCUUGUAUGCCGCUUUAAUUUGGAUUAUAAUGCCUUUUCUAUUGAGAAGCCAGCACCUCAAAGAACAUAUCCUAUGCAAGGAACAUUGAUCAAUACAAACACUAUUGAGGCAUUCAGAACAUACAAUAAAAUGGAGCUGAUCCAGUCAUUUGGACAAAAGAUAUGGGAUAAUGUAAAAUCAAGCAAGGCUUUGGAGGACCCAUCAGUGCUUUGUCAGUUUGUGCUUAUGACAUUUGCUGAUCUAAAGAAAUAUAAGUUUUAUUACUGGUUUGCAUUCCCUGCUUUAUGUCCUGAGACCAGUGCUACUCAUGUGGCUCCUCCUGUUCAUCUUGGUGACUACUUUACACCCUCCCAGAUUGCUAGUCUCCAAGCAUCGUAUGAUUCUCUCUCUGUGGGUGGUCUUGGACCUGGAUUCUUUCUCGUCAAGGUUACUGAAAGUGAGGUGACUGUGGGAAAUAUAAGAGAAUGGGAGACAUUUUUUAGCAUGGAUGAUUCAAAGUUCAUGGUGGGAUUUGCCGAUCCAUGCACACUGCCAAAAAAUCCAGGCUGGCCUCUUAGGAACUUUCUUGCUCUACUGUCAUACCACUGGGGUACUGCACUUGAAAAUGUGAAGGUUUUAUGCUUGAGAGAUCAAGUCAGAUGUGGAAAAAGAGAAACAUCCCACAGUUUGGUGUUAAAUAUCAAACUACCCAUGUUUACUAAAACUGAGAGUCCCAAGUGUGUUGGCUGGGAAAAGAAUAAAAGUCAAAAGCUAGUACCAAGGAUGGUGGAUCUGAGUUCUACUAUGGACCCUGAGAGGCUUGCAUCAUCAUCAGUGGAUCUGAACUUAAAGCUAAUGCGAUGGAGAUUGCUACCAUCACUUGAUCUGGACAAAAUUGCACAAACAAAAUGUCUUCUCCUUGGCGCUGGUACCCUUGGUUGUAAUGUGGCAAGAUGUCUAUUGGGCUGGGGUGUUCGGACCAUUACCUUUGUCGACUAUGGAACCAUUUCAUUCUCCAAUCCCGUUCGUCAAACUCUGUUUGAGUUUGCCGACUGUCAGGACGGAGGCAAGCCUAAAGCAGAGACUGCCGCCUCUGCACUUAAAAGGAUAUUUCCUGGUGUGAAUGCGUCAGCUGUACAGUUGUCCAUUCCGAUGCCAGGCCACUCUGUUGGACAAUCUCCAGAGGAAAUGGAGAAAGUUCAAGGAGAUGUGAAAAAACUUGAAGAGUUGAUUGAAUCUCACGAUGCUGUAUUUCUGCUGAUGGACACACGAGAAAGCCGCUGGCUACCGACAGUUAUUGGCGCUGUUAAAGGGAAGUUUGUUAUUACAGCGGCUCUUGGUUUUGAUACAUUCCUUGUGAUGCGCCAUGGUUCCAGACAGAAAGCGCAUGUUAUUUGCGAAGGAGCGUCCAAACUAGAGUCCAUACCAGGAGCCUCUCUGGGCUGUUAUUUUUGUAAUGAUGUGGUGGCACCAGGAGACUCCACUAGAGACCGUACGUUGGACCAGCAGUGCACAGUAUCCAGGCCUGGUAUGUCAUACAUAGCGAGUGCCCUGGCUGUUGAACUUCUGGUUUCUCUCACUCAACACCCUCUGGGCAAUGAAGCGGCCGCUGACACAAGCGCUAAAGAAGCUCAUCUGUCAGCUGAUCUGGAGUGUAAGUUGGGCCUUGUACCUCAUCAGAUUCGUGGUUUUCUUUCAAGAUAUCAUCUAGUUCUUCCCGCAAGUUUAGGCUUUGACAAAUGCAUUGCUUGUUCUUCCAAGGUUCUGUCGAGCUAUGAAAAGGAAAAAUUUUCUUUCCUGAUAAAGGUUUUUAAUGUUCCAAGCUACUUAGAAGACCUAACAGGCUUGACACAGCUUCUUCAGGACACAAGAGUUAGCGAGGUUUGGGAGAUGAGUGACGAUGAAAUGGUAGAAUAACAAAACAAAGGGAGGUCGAACCAUUGUGUGAUGAACGUCACCAGAGAGGACAAAAGGAACAUCAAAUCAAGUUUUCAACAAUGAUUAUGCCGACACGCGGCUAGAGAUGAUAAACUGAAUAUCAUCACAGAAAUUAUUUGAUUCAAAUUUUUAUUUGAAUUUCCGUUCAGCUGGUGUACUAUACAACCAAUAUGAUUUUUCAGACUUGUGGAAAACGGAAACCAGUUUCUGUUCAUCACAGAUAAAAAUAGUGUCAUAUUCGAACGUUCUAUUACCGACCAAUUUUUCAAUGCUUCAUUUUCCGUUUAGUGAACGGAUUACAAGUCAGAAUUAGAGGAACAAUCCAGAAGUCAGCGAUGUGCGGUACAUGUGACAUU